AUGGUUGGCGUGCCUUCCUCUCGUGGCUGCAGAAACUGCCGCCGGAAGAAGAAGGGCUGCGAUCUCGUGCGGCCGACCUGUGCUCGAUGUGCACACUUGGGAUAUGACUGCACCUACGACGACAAGCGUUGGACGUUUGUCGGGCAUAAGGUACCACCCGCAGAGUCCUCGCGGGCUUCGAGCGCGACAUCUGCAGUUCAGGCAACGACAGAACUCCAGCGCGUCACACCUCCACAGGGACCCUCUCAGCGUUCAUUAAGCCGGACGGCAUGGGAGACACAAUGGGCUGGCCAGUUUUGGACGCAUUUCUUGCCACAGGAAGACCCAAGCACAGUCUUCGUUGGCAAUGUGCGAAUCGUGCCUUGGAUGGGCGCCGUGAUGGACAUGGCUGCGAAGGAUGCUACUGCCAGGAUGGCGCUCAAUGCGGUUGCGUUCACCAUCAUUGGGCGGGCAAAAUCCGAUCAGAGCCUUGUGAGGGAGAGCACGAGGUUGUACUCAGUCGCCAUCAGAGAGACGAGCAGAGCAUUGCAAGAUGUCAACAAAGCGCGGAGUGAUGAGAUACUUGCAUGUUGCAAGAUUCUGGCUCUGUACGAGAAUUUCCGGGUCAAGGAUACACCCGAAGUGUCGACUCAGGGCUUCGACUGGCAUAGCCAUAUCGACGGCACACAGAGUCUCAUUGAGAUGCGCGGCCCUGCUAGGCACAGCACCGAUCAUGGCCACGUGCUCUUCAAGGACAUACGGAUCAUGACUGCCACCUCGAGCAUCACACGGAGGAAGCCCAGCGAGUUUACAAACCCAGUGUGGUCGGUCUCGUGGUAUCUACUUAAUUCUGUCCUUGACGUUGCUGACAGGUUCUUACACAGGCACACUACACCUUUCGAGACAUCUCCAAAGAGCUUGCACGACGAACUGGUCGACAUCAUGCUUACUCUACCGGAACUUCUAGCAGAGCAAGACAAUCUCAACGGACGGCUUGCUGCCUGCCAAACCGCCUUCGCAAGGUUCGAGGCCUUCACGGCAGGCCAGAACCUGCUCUAUCGAUGCAUAAACAUGGGUGAACAACUGAACGAAUGGCAGCACAAGGUGUUGCGAGAGUCUGCGGCAGUAUCACCAACGCCGGCAAGCACAAGCAAUACCACGAUUGCCGAUAUUUGCAUGAAACACGGUUACGGCCUGUUUAAUUGCAUCACCCAGUGCUGGGUCACCUGCCUCAUCCUCUACUCCACCACAAGGAUCAUACACCGAACCCUCACAUACGCUGCUCAAGGCACCCGAUCUGGACUCCCCGAAAUACCACCCUGGAUGAAUCCAUACCCCAUGGCUAUGUGCAUCGCUUCGCACGCGCACCAUUACUUCGAAGACAGCGCCCGAUACUGGGGAGCAUCGAUUGCAAGUUUUCCAUUGGGCAUUGUGGCUCAUUACUGUGCAGCUUCCGGCAAUCUGGACAGCGAGUGUAUGACGGAGCUCCGGCGGCUGUAUCGUAUGAACGACCGCGGACAGUUGACGUUGGAGUUCUUGCGGUCGAUUGCGAAUACGGGGAGUCCGGUCAAAGGCGAUCCUGUCAACCCGGAUAUGCAUCGCAAGAUGGCGACUGCGUGGUACCGGAUUAGCGAGGGCAGGGAAGGGCAGAGUCCUCCUGAAGGACGAGGAAGUCUUCAGCAGAGUUGA